AUGCAGCGUUUUUUUAACGAAUUUUUUGCAAGUGACGAAGUUAUAAAUAGAAGUGCCAAUCAAAGGUCGCUUCAGUUAGUGAUCAGCCGUUACGGGGAGAGAUCACGUUUGUUGAGACUUGUCGAUAAGGUUGAUAGUAGAACCGAUUACGUGAUGAUGGACCGUAGGAAGUUUUAUAAAAAAGUAAUAUCCGAAUUCUCUCAGGUACGGGCUAAACGUAAAUUAUCCUUCGAAGACGAAAUAGCAUCAAACCCUACACAGGAACAACAAUCUUCGGAAUUAACUUCAUUAUUGGAUAAUAAUCAACCCUUGACAAGCAUUGAAAAUAUGGGUGAUCAUGUUUCAUCUUCUAGAAUAUUUUAUAAAAAUCAUCAGUCAAUAAGUAAAUCAGAAAUACACAAAAACACCGAUGUCCCACAAAUAGAAUGUUUGCAAAACAAUAAUACCGAUGGCCAUAAUACUGAGACUCCACCAACCUUGGAAGGAAUAGUUGACACUGUUGCAGAGUUUUAACGGACUAUUGAUAGCAAUGUAAUUGAUAGCAAUGUAAUAACGAACACAAUGGAAAAUUUAGUCG